AUGCCGCCUCUAGAAUCCUCGCCGCCGCCGCCUCCAAUUCUCGCCAUUACGGCUACUUUCUUGCAUCUACUUUUCCAACAUCUGCCCCGAUCUGUCCGAGAGCCUCUCUACAAGGCUCAUCACCAUAUCUCGCGCGCCUGCACUGCCGUCGCUUCCUCUGCCAUCGUCGUCCGUCUGCACUCGUGGAUCCCUACCAAGAUGCACCGCCCGCUGGGCUUCUCGGCCGCCGUUGUUGCCCUGUUCUUGAUGUUUGGCCUACCCAUCAUCCUCGCCCAAAGCGAACCCUUUCACUGCUACGCAUACCCACCUACCGGCAAACCCGCGAGCCCAUUCAUCACGAUGCAGCCGCACUGCUGCAAGGGUACUAUUGACAACAAAUUGAGAGUUGGAACACAUUGCGAGUUGGCAAAUGGUGGAAAGUACAAGACCAAGUUUGGGCAGGACUUAGGAACGUGUGCGACGGGCUGGACUGACGCUUGUUGCAUGCGAUUGCAUUACCCGCCAGAAAUUGUCCGCCCCGAAAUGUCGUACUGCGAUGCGGCAUACCUUGUCAAGGCCGAGUCGCGCAACAUUAUUGAUGCUCGAAACUGGAACCCCAAGAACUACGGAAUCUGA